AUGACAACAACCAAUCCCACUUUAAAGAUGGGACAUUAUGGUCGUGUGAUUCAGGUUGAUGAAUCCAUCACACCAACAACACUCACUCCGACCACACUAUUUGACGAUGAUCAACCGGAACUGGUGGAUCAAAAUAAUGAAACAAACAACCAUGUAUUUUCCGAUUCAUCUGUUACUACUCCGAUAUUUCCAGUAAAAAUAUCGGGUGGUAUUCCAGGAGCAACAAAUCAUGAUGAUACUUCUGUUGGAAAUGGUGAUAUCAGCUCAUCAUACUGUCCAUAUAACGAUAUUUUGCAAAUAUACGACAAGAAAACUCAUCAACUUCAAUUUUACUUUGUGAAAGAGGGCCAAGCAAGUAACGACAACACUACUUUUCAAUUUUUAAAUGACCAUAUUACUGUGGAUAAUUGCAGCUGCAACUCCACCAAUGAGUGUUCAAAGAUUAUUUAUUCGUGCUACUUUAUUAUUACCUAUGAGAACAAUUUUGACGUUUUUUUAUUUGUAAAGGCACGACUUUCUGAAAAACCAUCUGAUGACUCUAAAGAGGUCAAGAAACCUCUUCCUUUCGUAUCACGUAAAAAGGAAUUGAUAGAUUUUUUAGCUAGCCCAAAGAAUUUGCUCCAAGAAAAAUCAGGAAAAGACCUUUGGAAAGUUAGCAGAUUUACGAGCUGUAAUCAAGAAUUAUUUUCAAUCCUUUCUAGUUCGAACAAUUUUACUGUAGAUACGAACAUUACUCUCUCUCAUAUUUGUCCAGUGUUGGAAAGUAGACAUUGCAUGUUUAUUUUCAGUGACGGAACGGCUUGUGAACUGUCAUUUCAGAAUUACAAGCUCACAUUAUGCUCUUCAUUCAAAUUGCUACCACAAACAAAUGAAGGCAUAUAUUCAGAAAUACUAUCCUACCAACAAUUCCUUAUAUGUUAUCAAGCUAGCCAACACUGCGUCGUUGAUGUUUGGGAUAUUUCAAAACAGAAAAAGGUUGGGAUUGUUGAUCUUACGCCUAACUUUGCAAAUAACGAUUACUCUGAAACCCUUUCCAGAUUACAAAUAUCAAAUAAUGGACUAUUAUUAAGUGCAGUUGGAAAAAACAAUUCUGUUUAUAUAAUUGAUAUUGAUUCUAAUUUUCAAAUAGUUAAAAAAGAAACAGAACAUAAUCAGGAUGCACAGUUUGAAGAUAAUGAUGACGACGAUACUGAAGACGAUGAAGAAGAAGAGGAUCAAUCUUCAGAUGAGGAGCUUGGUACGUCAAAUAACGAAGAAAAGGAGAUGGGAGUGCAAGUUGUUGAAUCUCUUCUUCCUGUUACUUACGCUGCAGACAAUUAUUAUCAAUCUCACUGGUAUGAUAAUACUGAGCCUCCAAAGAAAUCUACUAGCGUGUUGUUUGAUUCUUCGAAUAGUAUUAGCAGCCUUGAAAAGGACUUGGAUCUCACUUCGCCACUCGUGGUUGCCAACAAAACUCGUAAAGAAACUCUUUUGAAAGAUUCUAUCCAUUUGAGAAAAGGAUUAUCUGGCAAUCUAGAAAGCAAUUAUGAGCAUGGGCUAUUAUCAAGAAAAGACUCUCGAUUAUCAUCCAGCCACAUGCUCUUAUCACCAAGAAGAGAAGAAAAUAUAAGCCAUAUUGGUGAGGGUCUACUUUUAAUCCAUAAUCCUUUCAACUCAACAAUGAACUAUUUAUUAACCAAUGACAAGUGUUAUAUUACUCACAAGAUUAACAAUAUUGAGAAAUGGAACACAUUACAAAUUUAUGAUGUAUCAUCAGGAAAGCUUGGACAUAUUCAGGUUCUUGCUGACGUUUUUUUGGCACCAUUAUUUCCAACAGGCUGUCAUUGCAUUUGUAUCAGCAAUAAUUCUCUAGAUCACGGCAUUUAUCAUCUGAAUUUCAACAUUACCAAAAACAUACUUCUCAAUAACCUGAUCAAAUACGAAAGGCAACGACUUGCAGAAAAGCUGUGCGAUUUAAAUGGUUGGGAUAGACAGUCACUAUCCGUGCAUGCCAUAGAACUGGGAUUGAGAAAUCGUGAAUUGUCGGUAGUGCAAGAUACUUUACGAAAUUUAGAUCCACAACAAGAGCUUAAUGUUUGCUACAUUAUUGCAAAGUUUAUUCAAGAAACCAAGUUUUCUCGAGAUAGCGAGUUUAAAAUCCAAACAAUUACUACAGCCAUUGGAUACAUUCUCUCACUCAUUGAGAAGAGAAUCAACGAGCUUGGAAGAAAUCCCAAUUUUGGAUUGGGAGAGGAAGACCCCAACUUGUUUGAUUCCAUCUUCUUGUUUCAAAACAAGCACGUACCUAUUAUCACUGAGAGUGCAAAUUCCGUCAUUAAGAAACUUGAAAUUAGAAAUCCACGAAAAAUGGAUAAACUUAUGGAAAGUCAAACAGUAUCAGAAAUUGAUGAGAUUACAACAGCCUCAAAUGACAUUUACCAUUCUUCAUCAGUUCACAUGAUUGCAAUAAUAGAGGAUAUUAUGAGCUCAAAGAAGACUCUUUCAAAGCCCGAGGAGAUUCUUCUCUUAUCAAACAUAGUUGCUUUAUUACGAUCUUGCUUACUGAUGAAUGAAGAAGAACAUGAAGAAAUGGCUGCAUCUCAACAUGAAGCUUUUCCGCAAGAUCACCUUUCUGUUUUAAGUUCCAUUCCAGCAUCGAAUAAGAAUAAGAACGACAAGAAGGUUGAUAUUACUCCAAUUGAUUUGUCUCUUUAUAACGACAACUUUAACGAUUUAUCUUACUUUGGAUCUGAAAUUAAAACUGGAAUUUCCUUGAACAAUGAAGAAGAUAUGUAUAAUUAUGAUCAAGAUGAUGAUGAUGAGAUUUCAGAUGCUGAUGAAAAGAAUGAGGUUGAGUUGUUCGAAAGGAUAUUGACACUAGAAAAUGAAACUCUAUUCAAGAAAUGGAAACAGAUGGACAAUAAGAGUAUUAUCACAGAGAGUUUAUUGAAUGGGGUAGUUUCUUUAGGAUUCUCGUUCUUGAAAAAUAGAGCCAUGAAAAUCAAAACUGAUCUUGGUUCUGAUUCUGACAAGGAUGAACGUGACACGAAUUGCGAUAUUAUCAAUUUUGAAACUUUCAAAGAAGUUGCAUUUAAAAUCGUCUACGAGAAGCUUUCAUUAGGAGAAUACACUGCUGCUCUGGAGAUGAUUGAAAAUUUGGGAGAGGAUCUUGUUGAGCACAUGAGAGACAUUGCAUUCAAUACUUUGGACAAAAACAUUAGAAAUUACUUGAUCAAAGAGUUAACAAGAUUGAAGAAAUUUAAUGAAGAAGAAUUGGAAGUCAUCGAAUUUCUCCAAUUAUUGGAAGAGUUAUAUCCUGAUAUUAAUAUUCUAAGAGUUCAAGAAAAGCUUCAUAAUCUUGGAUAUGCCAAUCCAUUCCAUGAAGAAUCUGAUCUAUUUGAAGCCCAACAUUCGGAGUAUCCCAUACAAAUUGGAGACAUUUCGGAUAUGGGACAAAUUAGCAAGGCCAGCAACAAUGUCGUUGCUUCGAGUGAAGAAAGUCCUUCAUCCUCAGCGUCUCCCAAAUCGGACACAGAUGACGUCGUUUUCAGACGAAGAACUUCUAGUUUGAUGAGAAUGAAGAGCCCUUCAAUUAUCUCUAAAAAGUUAUUGACCUUCCAAAAAUCCAAAUCCAGUUAUCUUGUGACCACAUUGAGAUGGGUCAUGAAAUGGGACAAGGAAACAAGAGAAAGAAUAUUAUUGGAAAAAGAUUAUCAUGACAAUGAAUCCUUGAGAGCAAGACUGUCAUUCUGUAUCGCUCAUCAUGACUAUGUCGGCAUUGUCAGAUGGGCAAAAAGUGUGCUUCCAUUGACUCAACUCCAUUCAAAGAAAAAAGCUACAGGAAUUCAGUGUGUUCUUACCGAACAAGGAGAUAUUACGUAUACUUCUGAACAUACAACCUCAAAAAAAGCUUCCUCAACCAUGCAAAAUUGUAAUGAGAUUCUUGAAAUUGUUAAGGAUCAAUUGAAGUAUUGUAGUCCAAUGAUGAAAGAAAUUUUACUCAACAGCUUGGCACUUCGAGGUAUUUUCGUACAGGAAGACACUUCCGAUUUUAUCUCGUUAUUGAAACGAUUCUGUGCCACAUACCAACUAUUUUCUGUACAUCCAGUUGAAUUUCCAAUGUUUGACAAUGAUCCAAUUCUACUGUUUGACAAUGAUCGAGAUCCAGCUCCAUCCAUUAACACCUCCUCGUUGCAUCCACAGGGAGAGCUCAGCAAAUUUCACAAGGAUUUCAUUUCAUUCUGCAUUGAUAAGAAUUUACCAAGCAUUUGUUUUCGUUAUGUUGACAAAUUUGAUUUAUGGGAAUGUUUGGAAGAAAGUAAGAUUUUCCCAGAAGAAUCCAAGCCAGAUUGGCUUAAAAUGAUACUUCUCUCCAAGAAAAAUCGAUUGUUUGACUUGUCAAUGGUUAAUGCUCGAUCGGUGUUGGGGAUUGACAAUCACAGUAUCAAUUCCAUGAUGAACGAGAAUCCAUUAAUUGCUCUCUCUACUCAAAUGUACUCUCCAAAAACUCUACAUGAAGCCAUGAAAGAACCAUCAACAAGCGAGCAUUACUUGAACAGGACAACCUUAUCAAAAGAAUUACACUCCUAUCCUACCUUCCAUAAUGCUCUAUUUGGCGAGAAAAAUACGCCUAGUUUAUCGAGAAGAGUCAUGAACGAAGAGGAGCAAUCUAAAAACGGUACAAUCAACUUGUGCGCACAUGAAAUUUCAAGAGGAAACAUAAUCUCGAAUCAAAAAGAUAUUUCUCUAUAUGAAAUGUUGAUCAAGACGAAUACUGACAUUUCCAUUGAAGAUAUUUUAAAUAUAGAGGAAGAUGAAUUGCAAGAAAAAGAUCAAGAUUUUUCACUCUUGCAAUCACAUAGAUCUCUCAAGCUUGAUUUUACUGACAACUUGUAUGGAUUUUCUGAUCAUUCAUGUUCCAUCGAAGAGACUCUAGAUGUUGAAUAUUAUCUUGUAAACAAGAGACCUUUGGAAGCUUACAAGGAAUUGCUCCACUCUUACAGAGAAAAGAACAAAGGCAUUGCAACACUUUUGGAAACUGGAGAGGUGUGUUCUCCCUAUCUUUAUGGAGAACAAUUUGAAAGCAUUGGAAAAUACCUACCAAAGGAAGAGCAAAAAGCAUUAUGUCAGAAAGUGAGAUCUAUUGCCAUCCAUAACUUUGCAGAUCAGUCCAUCACUGCUUGUUGUAGAAUGUUCAUUGAAUUAUGCUGCUUUGACGUCUAUACAGAACUUUAUUCAAACUCGAUCUUGAUUGAUACUAAAGCAGCGAGAAGAAUUGCAGAAUUUCAUGCAUCGUUUAAGAUACAGAACGAAGAAAAGUCUGUCUUGAUGAAAAAGCUUGCUGAUGACUUGGUAUCCAUUGAAAUUUUGGAAGCCGACGAUAGUACCAUGGAAAAAUACGUGAACUCUCCUCAAUACAGAGUUCUUAAACUACUUGAGGAGGCAACAGAUUCCAUGCUCAUUGUGGAUAUUUCUGUUAAGGACUUCCUUGAAAAAGAAUUCUCAAAAUCAACGAACGAGUCUGCAUAUGACAAGGUGCAAAUUCUGGACGGUAUGAGAAAUACAGGAAACAAGAUUUACGUUUCACCAUGGAAGCUACUUUGUAUAUUUUGUGAAAUUCAUAAUUUGCCAGAAUAUGUGCAUCAUUUACAAACUGCCGCAAAAAGAGGGCAAUGGAUUUCAUUCCUGUAUCAUGCUCAAGAUGGUAAUGUUCCACUUUCCACCGUCAUGUCUAUAGUGCAGCAAUACAUGCCCGACUCAUUGAAGCAAUUCUUACUCAUUACACUUCGAGAGAUGAAAUCCAAACAAGAGGGCAAUGCACCAUUAACUAUAACCACAGACUCUAACAAUAAUGAUGCCUUAUUGAUGGCGUCCUUAGGAGACGCUACAGAUUCAACGAGCAAAUUGUUUUUGGAGUUGAUACGUACCGAAGAGUUAAUGACCUCUAAAUCAAGUACUGAUAUUAUUAAUUAUCUGCUAAAUAAGUCUAUUAGCAUGAGUGAGCCAUUAUUGGCGAUUAUCGCCACAUGCUACAUUUCGACUAACAAUUCAAAUGUAGAAAUAUUUGCAUGUAUGAAAACAUGGUUGCAAUCCAUUAAGCAACGUUUGAGCAGUGUUGACAAGAAGGGUACUGACACAAUGUCCAUCCAAAAGCUGACGACAAAGAAGUUACUUGAAGCAAUCGAAAAGCAAAUUCAAGAUUUCUGCUCCAAUAAUUUUUUGAAAGAUGAAAAGCAAAGCGGAGUGAAUUAUAUCAUCCAAGCAUUCCAAUUAUUCGAUAGUACCAACCCCAUUGCUUCCUUUUUAAGUUUUUAUGAAGCAUAUCUUUUUGAUAACUAUGAAAGGGCCACGAACUACUUACAACAAUUUGUCAGCGCUGUCAAAGAUAUGCAAAAUGGCAAAACUCUACAGUUUAAAUUAGGAGAUUUAAAUUGGCUGAUUAUCACCUCUACAGCACUUGCUCAACAACUUUCUAGAUGCUUGGUGUCUCAAUUCAAAAGAACAAAAUUUUUGGAAUUGCUUCAUUCAUCUCAGUUCUCAUUAGCAGUGGACAUGUCCAAUGAGUUUGAGAGCAUGUACAGCCUAAAUUGUCUGUUGGAGAGAGUCAUUAAUUCUGGUGUGGUGAUUGAGACUGACAAGAUGAAUGUUUUUACAGGUCAGCCCAGCAUGUUCAUUGAGUCGCUUAUUGAAAAUAAUUGUUUUAAGGAAGCACGACAAGUAGCAGUCAUGUUCAGAAAGAAGAUCAAUUUCCCCACAGACAAAAUUACCCUGGCUCAAGCGAACCACAAAAUAGCAAAGGUAAAAGGUCUAUUCUCAUCCACUCAUGAGCUCACUAUGGCUUACUCUAAGGUCAAUGACCUGUUUAUCAAAUUCAGAUAUCCUCAAGAAGAGGCUGCUAAAUAUUUCCUGGAACAAGUGUUGGUCCUUCAAAAGAGUAUUUCAAUGGCAGGAAUUUUACACUUGUUGAAUCUUUCUUUGAGAUGGUUUGAAGGAACAUACUCUCUUACAAAGAGGUCUGUGGAAUUAUCAAAGCCAGUGACUCCGUCAAGACCAACCAAAGACUUGGAGUUCUUGAGUCAUAGCAUUAUGCUCCUGUCUAACUCGCAAGAAGAAAGCUCAUCACCACACAUAUCUGGAAUUUUAGCUUCAUUAGAGAGCAGAUUAAUUGAAACCUCAAAAAAGUCAUCCUCGGUUUUGAAUAUCGAAGAAUUACUUGAUAAGGUCAUUGAUAACUUGCUGUUGAGUAGUCAAUAUGAUGAGGCAAAACGGCUUUCUUCUUACUACAAUUACGAAAGUCGAGUUUUGGAAAUUAUCGACAUUGCCCUAUCUAUGGCGAAAUCUAAUGACUCGAAAACAUUAUAUCAAGAUUCUGAACAGAAAUAUACAGGCAUACCUUCGAAAAUUUUACCUUCUCAUCUCUACAAACAACUGAAAGAAGUUUUACCAAAUAUUGAUGAAGUCGAUGAUAUUCAACAAAUAUUGGACAAAUUACAAUUGCUGUGCUAUGGAUACAAGAUGAAAGGAGCUCGCAAUUAUCUAAAGAUUAUUGCUCUUAAUUAUAGAAUUGGACGAAUUCUUCAAUUGAAUUACGAAAGUAUAGUUACCAAAGAUAGCUACGAUGUUCUCAAGUUGUUGUUGAUGCUAUUUGGAAAGGAAAAACUGAAAGUGUGUUCUUCAUUCAUUCAACUAAAAACGCUGGAUACUGAUAGAGCUGCUUGUGUAUGUGCACAUUAUCUGUUUAACACCUAUGCCGAAUAUUAUAGAAAUGAAGACUUGUCCAUAUUCAAAAAUCAGGAUGAAACCGAGAUUUUGAUUGAAGAUUAUUUCCAAAAUAAUGCAGGAAGUACCUCUAGUGAUGAUUUAGAUGACCGGCUUUCAACGAGCUCAGGAAGCUCAUUCUCAAGUUUUGACUUUUCGACAUCAUAUUCAAGCGUGGCAACAGGAAGCUUCUUCAAGCAAGCUAUGGCUAAAAACAACAAACCACCAAAACCUCAAAAAGAGUCACAAAAACAAUUUGAUUUAGUGAAAUGCACAAUGGAUGAAUUUGCUGAAUUUGCAAAUAUUUGUAGAGAUCCUUCAGCAAUCGCUCGACAUUUAAUUCAUUUGGUGGAUGCAGAAGAAGAAAAUGAUUCUUCACACAAUAACCAAGGUGACAGUCCAGGUAAAAAAACGUCGCGUACACAAAAACAUGUCAACAAACAUAACAUUAACUUGAAGUGCAAAGUAGAGCUGAUUGUUAGAGCAUAUCACUGCUACCACAUGUCCUCGAGUUUUGAAGGAAUUGAAUCAAUUUUGAAACGCAUUAAGGGUCCACUGAUUCAGGAAAUUUUAGACGAACAAGAUUUUUCUCUCAUUGUUCGACUUCUUGUCACCAUUCCUGACUUUUCAGAGUUAACAUUUUUGUUUGACAUACUCAUUGAGAAUGAGCAAUUUGAGCUCAUUUUGAAAAAGAACUCCCAAUCAGAUCAAGAUAACAACAAUCAGCUUAAAAUGGCUCUCUCAUCGUACGUUCAAACCAAAUUUCCAGAACAAAACGAAAAACUUGCAAUGGUUUACUUGAGAUUUAAUAUGCUAAAAGAAUAUGGUACUUAUUUGUUUAAUAAGGGAUGUAGAGGAAUCAAAGUCAUUCACAGAAGAAUAGUAGGCGGAGAUUCUUCAGAUGCUACUAGCAGCUCUUCUUUCAAUUAUCAAUCCUCCAUGGACGAACAUGUUCCAUUGGAGCAUGUGUGUAAGAUUGUUUGUGAAAACUUUGAUUCAGCUGCCUCUUCUCUUACAAAAGAAGAUUGUUGCCAAACAGCAGUGAGAGCAACAAACUUGAGUGCACUCGUGAAAUUACAACUCAAAUUCUACAAUGAAACUCCAAAUAAGAAGAAACUUCAAAACAUGCCAAUGAUCCUUGAACUUUCACCAAAAGAUGCUAGAACCUUUAUUCAAAAUCAUGGUAAUUUUGAGGAAUCUCUAAUUGUUGCAAAUGCCUAUGAUAUCAAUACCAUGUCAGAUUGGAUUGAUCCAAUUUACAACAACUGUGUGAAAAAAGGAGACGUUGAAUAUUUGCAUGUGUUAAAGCAAUAUCUUCCAAUUAGCUCAAAUUUAUUUAGAGAAAUUGCCAAACGUGUGAAAAUUGAUUCCAAACCUCUCAAUACCAAAGUCUUAACGUCAUUCCACAAAUUCCUUUCACAACACUGUUCAGAUUAUAAGGUAGUGAUGGAUAUUUGUGAAGACAUGUUGCAUUUCCUCACUUCCUCUCCGCCACUCAAUUCAAGCUCCUCGCCCAUUCAUACUCUAUUCUCUGAUUUGAACAAACAUGUCAUUUCAAUUCUGGAUUAUGUUCCUCCAAACAUGAUGAUGUCUGGCAAUACUUCCCAAUUGACCAUCGAUCCAAAUAGUUCCUCUCCCAUGAAUCCUGCCCAAGAAGAAUUUUCGCAGUUCAUCCAAGAAUAA